GCGGGCGCGCGGCGGCCGAGGCGGAGGCCGGCGGCGCCGUCGUGGAGCCCGCGGUCGGCGCGGCGGCGCGCCGCGCCGCAGGCGCGGAUGCCGCGGCUGAGGUCGACACGUCCACGCCGCAGAAGAAGCGCAACAGGACGGCCUGGAACGAAUUCAUGAUUCGGCGCUGGGAUGACGCCAAGGCGGAGCUCCUGGAGUCUAGCACGAAGGUGACCCCGGCCAGCGUUGCCAGGCUGCUGGGGCAGCGGUGGGCGGACCUGAAGCGGAGCGACUCCCCCGAGGCCAAGGAGGAGGUCGAGCGGAUGAGGCAGCUCGCCAGGGACGGCGCCGAUCCGCACGAGCCGCUGGCGCCCGGCUGA